CUUCUAAACUAUUUUAUCCACUUUGCAAUGUGAAGUGGCAAGUCCUGUCCAUAGCCAGCGGUGUGCAGGUUCCAGAAGUGUGUUGCAGCCUGCAUGUCUCAACUGCAACAUCUAAGUCCCAGUGUGUCCUGUCCGGCUGUCCCGUGACCGCCAUCGCUUUCAGUUUUUCCUGAACCAUCGCCGACACCACGCGGCCACGCCCGACGCGAUCCAAUCAAACAAGGGAGCCUGUACACAUAUAUGGGCACGAUGAACACUGGACAGCUCUAAGAAAAUUGUGCGAGUGAUCGUCUCCGGCGAGCCUAGGAAACCAGCACGGCGGGAUGGCGGGGCAGGGGCAGCGCCUGAACGUGGUGCCAACGGUGACGACGCUGGGCGUGGUGAAGGCGCGGCUGGCCGGCGCCACCCGCGGCCACGCGCUGCUCAAGAAGAAGUCGGACGCGCUCACGGUGCAGUUCCGCGCCAUCCUCAAGCGCAUCGUGUCGGCCAAGGACGCCAUGGGCGACGCCAUGCGCGCCGCCUCGCUCUCCCUCGCUGAGGCGCUCUACGUCGCCGGCGCGCCGCUCCGCCACGUCGUGCAGCAGUCCGUCUCGGGCCCCGCCAGGCUGCGCGUGCGCGCGCAGCAGGACAACAUCGCCGGCGUCCGCCUCCCGCGCUUCGAGAGCUACCUGGCCGGCGACGUCUCCGCGGGCGGGCCGUCGUCCUCGUCGGCGUCGCUCGCGGGGCUCGCCGGCGGCGGCCAGCAGGUGGCGGCGUGCCGGGCGGCGCACGCGCGCGCGCUGGAGGUGCUGGUGGAGCUGGCGUCGCUGCAGACGUCGUUCCUGACGCUGGACGCGGCGAUCAAGACCACCAACCGGCGCGUCAACGCGCUGGAGAACGUGGUGAAGCCGCGCCUGGAGAACACCAUCGCCUACAUCCGCGGCGAGCUCGACGAGCACGAGCGGGAGGAGUUCUUCCGCCUCAAGAAGAUCCAGGGGUACAAGCAGCGGGAGCUCGAGCGCCAGAAGGAGGCCGCCGCGCGCUACGCCGAGGAGAAGGCCGCCGGGGAGGUCGCGCUCAAGCGGGGCGUCUCCAUGGACACCGCGGCGGGCAUGCUCGAAAACGGCGACAGGGAUGAGGACAUCAUCUUCUGAUCUCCAGCCGGCUGGUGUCGUGUCUGUGUCCACGAUACCACCAGGAGUCUGUCGAUCCAUGUGCAAGUCUUGUGAUAAUAAUCUGAGCCUGGAGUGUAUUCCAUUUCUGCAUGAAGAUACGCAGCGGCCGUGUUUUACAUCCA